CUACGCACAGUUCAAGACGGGUCAGCCACUGGAGUUUCUACUCCGCUAAUGCUAGUUAAAUGCCCAAAUACUCCUCUUUCGUGUCGGAACUUCCGCUAUUGUGCGCAAAAUACCACGAGAUGUGGAGCAUGCGUCAAAAUUUGACUCCUUUGUGUCUAGUUUUCAAGUAGAACCGAGUUGUACCGUGUAGUGGUGCAUUUGUGAGAACGACCAUCAGGACAAAGUGCUGAUCAAGGCAUGGCGAGCAAAGUUGCAGACAAGGCUGCGAAGGUGCUUCCUGCUGAAGACUUCCAGUUCAUCCCACCCCGUGAAGCCCCUGUGUUUGAACCAACAGCUGAAGAAUUUGAAGAUCCAUUGGCAUACAUUGCCAAAAUCAGACCCCGUGCUGAAAAGGCAGGCAUCUGCAAAAUCAGACCACCCAAUGACUGGCAGCCACCAUUUGCUGUGGAUGUCGACAAGUUCAAGUUCACUCCUAGAAUCCAGAGGCUAAAUGAGCUGGAAGCAAAGACAAGAGUGAAGUUGAACUUUUUUGAUCAAAUUGCUAAAUUUUGGGAGCUUCAAGGCAACACAUUGAAGAUACCCAUCAUUGACAAAAAAGCCCUAGACCUUUAUUCCCUGCAUCAAAAUGUUAUCAAACUUACAAAUGAUAACUAUGAAAACUUUGUCAAGCAGAAGGAUAAGGCAGUGCAGGAGCAGAUGUGGUUUGAGGUUGCCGCCAAAAUGGGCUAUCCCGCCAAGAGAGGCCAUUCUUUGCUUCUGAAACAUCAUUAUGACCGUAUCUUGCGGCCAUAUGACAUAUUUCUCAAGCAUCCUCCUGGAGAAACAUUGAAGAAGGAAUCAAGAAAGGAGCCCAAACCAGAACUUAAAGUGGAAUCCAAAUCCGAGCCUAAAUUGGAAUCAAAACCAGAACUUAAAUUGGAAUCCAAAGCAGAACCCAAAUCUGAAAGCAAACUCGAGCCCAAAACGGAACCCAAGUCUGAAGAUGAAGAAGGUGAAGCAGAAGGAGAAGAAUACAAGCAACAUCAAAUUCCAAGUCGUCAAGCUAUUGAGCCACCUUCAAGCCAGAAGUCAGCAAGACGUUCCAAGCGCUAUGGCAUCUGUGACUCUGCCAAGGAGGGCUCCGAGUCUACAUCUCCAGACAGCAAAGAAUUGCGCAGGCUUCUGUUUUAUGGAGCUGGUCCCAAAAUGGCUGGCUUCAAUGAAAAGCAAUCUCCGAAAAAGAAAAAUUCUAAGAAAGGGUUACAUGAGUUUGAUCCUUUGGCUAAAUAUGUGUGCCACACCUGUCAGCGAGGUGAUUCUGAAGAAAGUAUGCUCCUUUGUGACGGUUGUGAUGACAGUUAUCACACCUUCUGCCUUGUUCCUCCACUGAGUGAAAUUCCGAAAGGUGAUUGGCGCUGUCCAAAAUGCUUGGCUGAAGAGGUGAGCAAACCGCUGGAAGCAUUUGGAUUUGAGCAAGCUCAAAGAGAAUACAGUCUUCAGCAGUUUUGUGAGAUGGCUGAUCGUUUUAAAUCUGAGUAUUUCAACAUGCCUGUUCAUGUGGUACCAACGUCAGUUGUGGAAAAGGAAUUUUGGCGCUUGGUAUCCUCCAUUGAUGAAGAUGUUACUGUUGAAUAUGGAGCAGAUCUUCACACCAUGGACCACGGUUCAGGUUUCCCCACCAACCCUGGUGAAACUUCGUGUGAGUAUGCCACAUCAAAAUGGAAUCUCAACAAUCUUCCUGUUUUGGAAGGUUCUGUGCUUGGCCACAUAAAUGCUGAUAUAUCUGGCAUGAAGGUGCCUUGGAUGUAUGUUGGCAUGUGCUUUGCUACAUUCUGCUGGCACAAUGAAGAUCACUGGAGCUACUCUAUUAAUUAUCUCCAUUGGGGUGAGCCCAAGACAUGGUAUGGAGUUCCAGGAAGCUCUGCUGAAGCUUUUGAAGAAACAAUGAAAAGAGCUGCUCCUGAGCUCUUCCAAUCUCAGCCUGAUUUGCUUCAUCAGUUAGUGACUAUCAUGAAUCCCAACAUACUUGUGAAUGAUGGAGUGCCAGUUUUCCGUACUGACCAGCACGCCGGAGAGUUUGUUGUCACCUUCCCUCGUGCGUAUCAUGCUGGAUUCAACCAAGGAUUCAAUUUUGCUGAGGCAGUAAACUUUGCUCCUGCAGACUGGCUGCCUAUUGGCAGAGAUUGCAUCACUCAUUAUUCCAAUCUGCGACGUUUCUGUGUGUUUUCACAUGAUGAGCUGGUUUGCAAAAUGGCUUCAGAUCCUAAAGAUUUGGAACUUGGUGUUGCAAAUGCCGCUUACAAAGACAUGCAUGUUAUGGUUGAAAGUGAGAAGAAACUUCGUAAGUCCCUUCUGGAAUGGGGCGUGCGCACAGCAGAAAGGAAGAACUUUGAAUCCAUGCAAGAUGAUGAAAGGCAGUGUGAGGUGUGCAAGACUACAUGUUUCUUGUCUGCAGUUACGUGUGAUUGCCCAACUGCCAACCCUAAGGGUCAACAGCGUUUACUUGCUUGUCUCAGACAUUACGCUGAUCUCUGCAAAUGUGAACCAUCAAAUCAUACACUGUGGUAUCGAUAUACAUUAGAUGAACUUCCCCUUAUGCUCAGAGAUAUCAAGCUCAGGGCUGAAUCAUUUGACAAUUGGGUUUCAGCUGUGAAAGAUGCUCUUGAUUACAAAACUCCGAAGACUAUCGAUCUUGCUGGAUUCAGAGGCUUGUUGCAAGAGGCUGAAGAUAAGAAGUUCCCGGAUUCGGAGCUCCUUCAAGCUCUUCGUGGAUCUGUACAGGAAGCUACCAAGUGUGCAAAUGUAGCUUCCCAGCUUGGAGGAAGAAAAACUCGAAAUCGUGCUCGCACAUCACAAGAGCCGAGGUUGAAGCUUACUGUUGAAGAGUUGCAGCUGUUUGUUGAGGAAAUUGACGAACUUCCCUGUAUCUUGAGGGAUGGUGCUGCUGUGAAAGAUGUGUUGGAAAAGGUGAGGGAAUUCCAGACAAAAGCUGCUGCAAUGAUGAGCAAGGAGCCUGACAUCGAAGUAAGAAGGGGGAAGGAGAUCCGUGAAGUCUUGGAGUUGGGCAUCAGUUUAGAUGUUGAGCUGCCUGAACUUGAAGCAUUGAAAGACCUUUGUCUGCAAGAGGAAUGGCUUGAUAAAGCAGUGAAACUUCAGAAUGCUGCAGCUGCAGAUUUAGAGGAGUUAAGCUCCCUUGUAGCAUCAUGUGAUGAGCUGCCCACCCCUCGUCAUGAAGUCAUCAGUGCAUUAUUGGAGGAAUUUACAGAAUUAGAAUCAAGAGCUCUACAUUGGCAGACUCGUGCUCGUGCUGCCAUCCAGGAAUCAUCCCUAGAAAAACAAGAAAUUCUGGACAAAGAAGCAGAAGAGAUGUCAGUAUUUGUACCAGAGAUGAAUGAAGUUGAGGAUGCAGUGAAAACAGCUGCCAAGUGGAAAGUGCAAGCAGAGGAUCUGCAGGUUGUUACAGAUGGCCCUGAGCUGGAGCUAGUUGAAGCUCUUGUGCUUAGAGGACAAGCAUGUCCCGCCAGACCCCCAGGCCUGGCUGAAUGGGAAGAACGCAUCAGGAAUGCUCGUGCCUGGAGGGAGAAGACAAUCCGCACUUUCAUGUUCCGAGAAUCUCCUCUCUCAUUAGUUGAGGCACUCCUUCCCCGUACAGAAGUAGGGGUUGACAGUGUACCAGUGAAGAGAGACAAGGACCCAGUCAAGGACGAAACAGCAGCAGUUCUUGACAUUCAAGAAGUCAACACUCAGAAGAGGCUGAGAGACAUGGGAGACAAAACGUAUUGCAUCUGCAAGAAACCUUUCACUGGUGUCAUGGUGAAAUGUGAAAUCUGUUAUGACUGGUUCCAUGCACGUUGUGUUCCUCUGCCAGAGAAGGCUGACUCGAAGCCAUUGUUGACCAUGGAAGAUCGAAUCCGAGCUGUUACAACUCGUCAAGUUAAGUUCCUUUGUCCAGUAUGCCAGCGUUCAAAGCGACCGCAGUUCAAAGCAGUUUUCCAGCUGCUUUCCAGCAUUCAAAAGCUAAAUGUUCAAAUGGUUGAAGCAAGAGUCGUACACAGUCUGUGCCAACGAGCUCUUGGGUGGAAGGAAAAAGCACGCAAGAUGCUUGCUCAAGAUGAUCUCUAUAUACCCAAUCCUACUGCUGUGGCUGAUCAUGCUUAUUCAGCUGCUUCAACAUUGUCACCUAACAAACAUGCCAGAAAGUCUCCAUUGGUUCCUAGGCAAGACAAGCCUCUCAAUAUUUUGAUGGAUAAGAUGCGCAUCGAGCUUGAAUUGCUCAUGCUAGAAGGAGAUCUUAUGGAGUUAGAUCUGGAAGAAACAAAUGUCAUUUGGAAUGUUCUAAGAAACUCUGAAGCCAAUGCUGAAACGUCAGUCAUUGAACCUGAUGAAAUGGAGGUCAGGGUGGAAGCUGAGGCAAGCCAGGAGUUGAAGAGCAAAGAAUUGGAAAGAUUUAGAGAGAAGCAGAGAACUAUGAAACGUAAAGCAGAUGAUGACAAGAGCCGCAAACGAGGUGGGAAACCGAAAAGGGCAAAGAAGCCUUCUCGACCAACCAGUCAAGAGGUAUCCAGUGACAAGCCUGCUGAUGGUGAGGAGGAAGAAGAGGAUGAAGACUGCUCUGCCAUGCCCUGUCUCAGACCUACUGGAAGUGAGGUCACAUGGGUUCAGUGUGAUGGUGCUUGUGAGUUGUGGUUCCAUCUGCAUUGUGUGGGGCUUGAUAAAGGCGACAUCUCUGAGCAAGAAGACUACAUCUGUUCUCAGUGCAAUGGACCUAAUCCAGAACAGCGCAUGCAAAUGAUGGUUGUCAUGGAUUCUACCGUACCUUUGUCCCACCCUGACCCAUUAGCCAUCACCUCUCAACCGCAAUGUAGAACUCCAACAUAAUUUAUAUUUUAGAUAUUGCCAUUGUAGAUAGCUUGUCUUAAUAGAGAAAUAUUAGAAUAGAGAAGCAUUGGGUAUGUGUGGCAAGGGGUUUUUUCUGUCAUUUUUACUCCCCUUUUUUACUACUUAUUCUUCUUUCAAUUUCUGCAUUUGUUAGUCAAUUGCUGCUGUAGUAAAUUACUUGUAUCACCUUCCUUGCCUAAAGCCCGCGCUUUAUAAUGUAUAGUAGUGUUACAAAAGAAUUCACUUUUUAUUUGAUCAAUUUUAUGCUAGUUAAGGCUUGUUAAGGAAAAGAUUUUUUUUUUGUAACACAAAGACUGGUUAGAGUGGAGACAAGGUUCCCUUGUAUUAAUUUCUCCUCAAUGCCCAAUUAACUUUGUUUUCUCUCCUCACCCUGCCCUAAUUUGUUUUGUUUAUUGUAAAUAGUCUUGAGCCUUUAGAUUAGAUUUUAGCUGUUUUUCUUAGCAGACAGAACAGCGUAGUACAGUAUUGUUUAGGAGGCUAUAAACCAAAUUGUUAUAUUAUGUCUGCUAAAUCAGAGAUUUGUUUAUUAGAGAAUUAUCACAACAAUCACAGUUAUGUAUGAUUAUUGACACAAAUUUAUGUAUAUCACUGUAUUACCACCCUUAAUAUUUUUCCUGGGAGGAAAUCAUUUUAAUUUAUUUUGUGUAUAUACUUGUACUUCUGUCCUGGUUUAACUUUUGUGAUAGUGUAUGAAUGUUUAGUGUGAUCUCUUACGUGUGAAAGGUGUGUUGUUCUCAAAUUGUGAGCGCUGUCUAAGUAUAUCUUUCUUUUGUGUAUUUGUAAAUCUUCCCAGGAAUGACUGAGUAUUAUUAUUAUGCUGACUUCCUUUAUUUUGUUGUGCUGUGUGAGCUCUGUAAGACACGGUUUCUUGUACUAGAUUAAAUAACAUUAAUCAUUA